UCCCUCUCUCUCUCGCUCACCCACUCUCCCUCUCCCUCCCUUCCACUCACACACUCUCUCACACACACACAUACACACACACACGCACACACACAUACACACACACACACACACUCACUCACACACACAUACACCACUACAGUAUAUCAGCUAGCGACUGGCGGAGAGACGGAGAGAGGGGAGAGCCGAAAUGAAUGUGAAGAUCCUGACGUUGGUGAUUGUGCUGCUGGUUUCUCUGCUGUGUUCAGCCCGUGCUGGUCCAAUGGCCUCCACCGAGCAUAGCAAGGAGCUGGAGGAGGUGGGCAGCAUGAGGACUCCUGUCCGGCAGAACCCUGCCAGAGCUGGUCGGAGCCAAAGACCCUCCGGCUGGAGGAGGAGACGCCCGCGGCCUCGCCUGUCCCACAAGGGGCCCAUGCCAUUUUAGAGCAAGGCACUGCUUAGAGCGCCCUCCCCCUUGGUUCUGAUUUCUAUGCUCUUCCUUUGCCUUGGGGGGCCUUGCAACAAGGGGCCUUCGCCAGCCCAGCCUGAAGAGUGAUGUCCAUAGCACCUGCUGGUUCUUCAAGCAACUCUUCUUCUGUCCACAAAAUACCAGGACACUCACCCUCAGCUCUAUGAAGAAUUGUGGCCCGGGAACGGGGUGGGGGGAUAUCGAGCCCGAGCUACCAGAUUCUAUCUCUCUGUCUGUCUCUCUCUCGCCUCCCGUGGUUUUUCCUCAUUCGCUUUCUAGAGCCCUUUCAUUGCCACACUUUGCAUGAUGUGUGAGCGCUGGGGAGCCUGGUCCAAAAAACAGCCUUCACCUGAAAGCGUCAGUUCAUUCUCCAAGGCACAUUAUUCCCAUUCUCUGUGUAAAGGUGAAAACUGCCCCUUUGUCCCAUUGCUGUGUUGUGGAAACUUCUGGUGUUGACAAUUGUGAUGAGGGAGGGAAAUGGCAAGGAUCUAAAGGCAAAGGCAUUUAUCUGAAACAUCUUCAUCACUUCUUCUAUCCCAGGUCAGCUACUUGCUACAAAUGUAACACUGUUACAUUUGACUUUUUUUGCAUAUCUACUGCAAAAUAUAAGGAGAAUGUCCUAGGAAAAUAGAUUAAGGACCACUUCAAUGUAAUUUUAUUUGGUUACCACUGCUGAUUAUAUAUAAGUACAUCUGGAUUGUGUUGCUUGGAAUUAAAAGUCUAUCUGGAGUCGAGAAAACAGAAAUCUAUGACAUACAGAUGGGUUGCAUUUCAUCAUUUAUGUACUUACACAACCUGCUUUAAGCAUUAUUGCUUCUAAAGAUUUAGCUGUCCAAAGCCAAUUAUGCAUUACACUAUAGACAACCCGGGAUUGUGAGCAGUGUGCUUAAAGUUUAAGCCACAGUGUCUCCUUAUUGGAUCACACUACUCUACUACCCAUGUGUCUGUCCUGAGCCCUUUCCUCCUCCCCCACUCCACAACACUCCACAGCAGAUAUACACGACUGUUAACUGGCCGGGGAGCCCAGUAGGGCAGAUCACCUCUCCUCUUAAUGAAGUGCCAAAUAGUAAAUCUACUCUGCAAUGCUGCCAGGAGAGACAAAAGGCAGCAAACAUGUUACCUCUUAUUUUGAGUCUUGAAACAUCUACACAUAUGUAUGCAUUUCAACAUAUUUGUUUGAACAGCCAAUGUAAAAGACAAUGGUAGCAAAGAGGAUAGUUUAAAGAAAUCAGACCAAAAAUCUUUUAAAGCAGACAAGGUUAUAGUGUGUUUUUGGAACCAACCACUAGUGCUCUCUUCUCUGACUGCUUAGAUGAAGGCUGGAUCGCCCCCUAGGACAGAUACCUUUUGAUUGACAGAGUAAUAUGCCUUUUAUUUACAUCGUACUGGAACUUAUUACCUUUUUAUUUUGUCUUUUAUUUUGUUUUUUGUUAUAUUUCAGUUAUGUUUCUCAGGGUGCUGUGAGAGAAGCCUGUACCGAAUGGUCUAUAUUUUGUGCAUUUAUUUAAGAAACACGCAAACACACAUGCAAACACAAACCUACAUGCACAGUUCAGUACAACGUAUAUAUGUUUUAUAUAUAAAUAUUUAUAUAUAUCUCCCUGCUUAUGUAUCCACCACUAUUACUACGUAUUCAAAUUCAGUUUUUGUAAGCCAUUAUCGUUCUCCCUGUUUUGGGAGCAGUUGCCUUUUAGCCUGAGCCUCUUCAGCACAGGUGGCCAUUGCUUUGAUGGCUGUGGUCAUUAAAUCCUACUGCUAAUCUAUUUCAGAUGGGCCUCGCUGGAGGUUAGCCGGAGCCACAGGCCCUCAGUGUCUGAGCUCAUUGUCCAAUUGGCUUAGAUUGUGACCGCACAUACCCUCACGUUCAACAUUUCACCCUAACUAUUUAACACCCUAUAAACUAAAAGCAAAGCAGGCCAUCGUUGCAUUUCCAUCCUGGUCCUUAUUUGAAGAGGUCUGUUCUCUUUUCUCCACUCCCCCACUUUUUUUAAGUUUUAAGCAAUUGUAAUGCAGAGACACAAGGCUUUUAUGAGACUGUUAGCCAUAUUCAUAAUUGUGACCAUCAUUCAGUCAGCAAAGCUGGUGUUCUUUGACCAGUACUCUAGUCCUAUUGUCCAUCUUCUAUUUCUCUCUGUGAAAUUGGAACAGAAAUCCUCCACCAUCAACGUCUUGCAGCAAGAGCAACUCUUAAUAAGAGAGUGCCUAAAAACCAUGGUGGUAAAACACCCAGCCAAGCUCACCUUGAUUAAAAAUGUAUUAAAUCUUAGGGUACUGUGAAUGCUAAUAAUUCCAGUCUCACCAUUAUUAUUUAAUACCCUCUCAGACAGAGAUGUAGAUUUCAUUAAAGCGCCUUCAAAAUGAGACAACUCUAGUGCGCGUCUAACGCAUUAGCAGGGCAGAAUCCAGAGGAGAUGAGCUACUUUCCCCAUCCGUGAGGCCGGGUCUGUUGAGAUACAGCCGACGGGAUCAAAGAGACAGGGUUAGAAUCACUAUUUUUCUGUCUGGGAAGCUCCUGUCAAAGGUGCAGAAUAACGUCUGCAUCUGCACUGUUCUUCAUGAAUGUAUCUUUAACAUCUGCACCAGCUGAGCUGCCCCUUCAGGGAGUGAAGUAAAGCAGUGUUUCAGCACAAUUCAAGCCUUGAAAGAAAAAGAAGAAAAAAAAAAAAGAGAAAAAAAACACCCCCAUCACUGCUACAUAACACAACCCAUCAGUGAUGGCUAUCUGUUGGAUCACACGUCCAAAGACAAACACGUCGUCGUCCAAAGCCUGUUAUAGCAGAGACCCCUAUCAAUCACUUGGCUUUGCUCCAACACCUCUCUGUAUGGGCAUGCAAGGCUGCACUUUUGCAAUUCCAUUAUGCUGCUGGAAAAAUAAAUCCUGAAAACACGUCUCUUGGCAUGUAAUGGUUUUCCAGUGUAUCGUGACAAUUUUAUUGACUGAUUCUUGUCUAGCUGGUUGUCCAAAGCUUACUUUUAAAUACAGUGUGGAAAGCUGUAUUUUAUUUGUGUGUGCGUGUGGUCGUAUAAAAAGUAUAGAGAAUUAGUCUGCUACACAAUAUGUCGUGGACACAUGAGAGUUUUCACACCUUCUACUUCUGCCUGGUGCAGUCCACAGUCCCCUAUCAGCCCAUCAGGUUAAUGAAGUUUGUGGUAAGAAGAGAAUGAAUAUGCCCAGACUCAAAAAAAAAAGAAAAAAGAAAUGGGAAACCAAUAGCGAAAAACAACAAAGCAAACAAAAUGUCCUUAAUUGUCUUUCCAGCAAAGCUCACUCAAAAGAAAAACCUACCCCAUUUCCUCAUGUGUGUUCCAGUGUUGAAUCACAAUGUCUGAGUAAUGUUCCUAUGCACUUCUAAGCAUGUUUCACUCGAUUCACUGGUUUGUUCCCAGAGAUGUUCUGUUUGGGCUCAGAUUGUAUUCGCUAAAGAAAUGCGUGUUCGCCUGGGACUGCAAGUGUGGGGAGGAACGCGAUUGAGUGCAUGUUUGUAUGAUGAGAAGAGAGUUGUGGCAAGUGAACUGUAGGUGCUCCAGUCUCAAUGGCUUGGGUUUCAAAUGGAUAGAGAGACUGUAGGCAGUACAUAAAACACUUGCCUUGACAGGCGUUUUCUUUUGCAUUGGUUUUGUGAUCGCAUUUUUUUCCUGCGCUCCUAGCCAUUGUUGAGUUUUAACCAUCAUCAGUGUGACACCCGACCAAGAGAGGCAAAAGAAUACAACAAACAAGCAACACAUUUGAUUGCGUGCUUUUGAUAAGCCCGUCACUGUGCAUGUACAAUGCAUCACCUGAAGGAUCAAGUAGCUGAAAUCCAAUCCCGCAUCUUCGCACAUAGCCACUAGCCGAGCAGUCAACAGGAUAACUACAUUUUGAUAUCCCAUGGGUGAGGGGCUGAGAAUGAUCUGAUUAUUCCAUAGCUUCUAAUGAGACUUCACACCCAGACUAGAGCGAGCUCUGUGUGAUUCUAACAUAUCCCUUCAUAAACAUGGCCAGUUUGUUCGGCACACCAAUUCGUCUUGAAUAGUCAGAGGAUACCUGCAUCGUCCAUAGCCAGACUUGGCUUAUCAACAGUAUUAUUAGGCCAUGCAGAAAACACUGUAAAGACAAGGUAUUAAUCCUCAUCUUUCCUGUUCGAGGUGUGUGCUCAUAGAACUCACCAGGCCAAAUGUACAGUCUCUGUCUCUGUUUUGAUGUUAAACUGGGCAAAAAUAAAUGAAUAAAUAAAUGAAUAAAACAAGUGUAUCAGAAAUGGUUGAAAUACUGUGUACAUAUUUGAACUUUUGGUUUCUAAUUUAUAAAAGAUAAGCUUUAGCUCUUGGAGUACUUAUUUUAUUUUUUCCUUUCAUGCGUAGCUUUGUGUUUUUAUUUUCUAUUUCUGUAAAGUGUGUAAAUAUAUCUUUAUGAUAAUAAGUAAUAUUAAAAAUCUUAUUUUAAGAAACAA